UAUGACCUCAUAACAUCCGUACAUAUUAAAACCAACCAUACUCUAUUUUUCCCAAUUCCUUUUUCGCUUUCUCUCUCAUAAUUCUUUGAUUAAAGUCAUAAAAUUGAUUUAAAUCGAAACGCUGAAACAACAAUUACUGUAUAUAUAAAUUUUAAAACAUCCCCCUUUAACUUUCUCCCACUUUUUCUCUCACUUCGAGAUCCGCCAUUAAUACGGUUUCAAGCUUUUCUUUAUCAUUUUAUGGUUUAAGCUCUUAAUUCAUUACUUUUCCGAUUAUGAUGCUAUAAUACUGAAGAACUUGCUAAAUCAGGAGAAAAAGCUGGUUUAGAUGCAAGUUUUUUAUUAGAAUUUGGGACAGUAUUAGUGUUCAAUUCAAUUUUUAUUGAUUCUGUUUAGAAUCAGUGAAUUGAAGGGUUUUUGAGGGUUUUUUUUUUGUUAGAUGAGAAGAUUUUUAAGUUUGAAGGUCAACAAUGAAAGGGUUUGAAGGAGUGUCAUUGAAUAUGGAGAGGAGAUGGGCAUUUCCUCUUGUGAUAACCUCAGUGCUUUGUGUAUUUGUGUUAGCAUCAUGCUUUAACAUGGGACUUCUUUCGUCUAUCGGCUCUAUCCCCUCCAUCAAUACGAUUAUAGCUCAUUAUUCUAGGUCAUCGGUGAAUCAAACAAAUCCGUUGUUUGUCGAGUCAAUUGUGUCUCAGCCUCCACCACCACCUGCCCUGCCUCCGCUCCCUCGAUUUGCUUAUUUGGUUUCUGGAUCAAAGGGUGAUUCACAGAAGCUAUGGAGAACGCUGCAGGCGUUGUAUCAUCCAAGGAAUAAGUAUAUUGUUCACUUGGAUUUAGAGUCUUCAGUGGACGAAAGAUUGAGUCUGGCUGCACGAAUUGAUAAUGAUACGCUGUUUUCCACGGUUGGGAAUGUGCAUAUGAUCACGAAAGCAAACAUGGUCACUUAUAGAGGCCCUACCAUGGUUUCAAAUACACUACAUGCUUGUGCUAUUCUUCUCAAGAAAUAUAAUGACUGGGAUUGGUUUAUCAAUCUCAGUGCUUCAGAUUAUCCUCUAGUCACCCAAGAUGAUCUCAUAUACUCAUUUUCGAAAUUGGAUCGGAAGCUGAACUUUAUUGACCAUACUAGCAGACUAGGUUGGAAAGAGGCUGGACGGGCUAUGCCUUUAUACAUAGAUCCUGGGCUUUACUCAUCAAAAAAAUCAGACAUAUUCCGGGUUAACCCGAGAAGAAGUUUGCCUACAUCAUUUAAAUUAUUUACCGGUUCGGCAUGGAUGGUUCUUUCGCAUGAUUUUGUGGAAUACCUCAUUUGGGGAUGGGAUAACUUACCUAGAACCAUGCUUAUGUAUUACACAAACUUUGUCUCUUCUCCAGAAGGCUACUUCCACACUGUCAUCUGCAAUGCACCGGAGUUUGCUAAAACUGCAGUUAACCACGACCUCCACUAUAUUGCCUGGGAUAACCCUCCAAGACAACACCCACGGUAUCUUACCUUAGCUGACACCGAUAGGAUGAUUGGCAGCAAUGCUGCAUUUGCCCGGAAAUUCAGGCAAGACGAUCCUGCAUUGGAUAAAAUUGACCGGGAAUUACUUGGCCGUAUAAAUGUGAGUGUUACUCCUGGUCGCUGGUGUGGUGGUAAGCCACGUUGUAGCAAAGUUAAAAAUCCUGACAAGGUAAAACCAACUCGCGGAGCUCAAAGGCUUGGUCAGCUUAUACCAAGAAUAGUCUCAGCAGAGGCAUUCCUAACCAGGCAAUGUAAAUAGAUUUUUCAUGGAAGACUUCCUUGCUUGACUUAUAUCACACAUCUGAAACUAUGUGCAGAGAGAUAGUUUUCGCAUUGGGAGAUCAAGCUUUGAGAGAGCAUCAUCAGGGAGUUCUUUACAUGCUCAAAUAUAUAUCAUCGGACACCGAUGGAAAUUUCUUUUUCUGAUUUUUUGGGGGGAGAGGGUGGGGGGGGGGGGGGGGGGGGAGGUGCUCACAGAACAGUGAUUUGGCCUUAGCUGGGUUAGAUUUAGGACUAUUAUUGCUAGAUUUUUGUGGAUUGUUAAAACUAUACUUACAUUUUUUUUACUCUCUUUACAUUCGUGACUCCAUGAGAUGUAUGUUUCCUCACAUUCGAAAUAAGCUUAGUACAUAUGAGCUCCUUCAGUGUUGUUCUGAAGGUCCAAAAGUGCUAUUCUUGUGCAGAAAAUCACUUAUCUUUUGAUGUUUGACAUUAAUUAAGCCUCUCAGUUUAUUUUCUA